CGCGCGUCUUCUGCCGCCCGAACCCCGGACCGGAGCGGUUUCUGUUUGAGAUCCAGUCAGACUGACUCGUUCAGAGCUCGGAAGAAUCUUCCGAAGAUGAUGACCCUGGUCUCCGCCGUUCUCAGCGGCGUCUACUUGUCGCUGUUCCGCCGCGGCCUCGUCCUCUUCGCCGUGGGGGUCCUGUUGGCGCUGGUGCUGAACCUGCUGCAAGUGCAGAGGAACGUCACCCUGUUUCCGGACCAGGUGGUCGCUACGCUCUUCUCGUCGGCCUGGUGGGUUCCGCUCUGCUGCGGCAGCGCAGCCGCGGUGGUUGGCCUGUUGUACCCAUGCAUUGACAGACACCUGGGUGAGCCUCAUAAGUUCAAGAGGGAGUGGGCCAGUGUCAUGCGAUGCAUUGCUGUUUUUGUGGGGAUCAACCAUGCAAGUGCUAAACUGGACUUUGCCAACAAUGUCCAGCUGUCCCUUACAUUGGCAGCCCUUUCACUAGGCUUGUGGUGGACCUUUGACAGGUCCAGAAGUGGCUUUGGUCUAGGUAUCACCAUCGCCUUCCUGGCCACAAUUGUCACACAGCUACUGGUCUACAAUGGUGUCUAUCAGUACACAUCACCUGAUUUCUUGUACGUUCGCUCAUGGCUACCUUGCAUCUUCUUCUCUGGUGGUGUUACAGUUGGAAACAUCGGGCGACAGCUAGCAAUGGUCAAUGUAGAGAAAUCCCACAAUGACUAAAGUGAGGCACAGAAAAUACCUGUAGGCACCAGAUGCCCAUGAAGAUUUCAGGUUUGGAUGGAAACUGUCAACAAAAAAACCAUUUUAAAUUUGACUUGAAUCGUCUGACAAACAAGAUCAGCGGGUGUUAACUCAUCGUGCCAAUGCUGGAAUUGAACACUGCAUCCACACAUUCUUAGACAUUGUUUCUGUCUUCUUUUGCAUUGUCUUAACAUUACAGUAUUUUGUGUUUGUUGUACUGAAAAGUACAAGAGAUUGUUUUUGGCUUCAUAACUUGGUAACAGAGGAGAUGCUAUACUGUAUUUUUUGUCUUUCGGUCUGGUCUUGUGUGCAGACUGAGGAAGGGAAGAUUUUCAGGUCUGUGAAAUGUUGGGACAUUCAAAACAUAUGCAGCUGUCACUGACAUACUGGUCCUCCUGGUGUUCUCUAUUUCUGGUACCGUAAAAGAGAUGAGUUCUGCAAUUUUUGUCAGUGUGAAGGUACAGUCUCAUCUGCUGGGGUUCCAUCAUGUACGAGUCCCAGUGCAGCUAUGUUUGAAAGCAGUGUCCCAUGCUACAUUAGAGAGACAAUGAGGCAUUCACCUGCUGUCAAGUCACUGACAAACAGCCAAAAGUGUGAUCUGAUGAGAAGACUGGCUUUAAACCAAAUUGAUGGGGCAUUGUGUGAUCAGUAUCUCAUCACUCCCACUUCUCCAAAAGUGGUGGAAUCCUGCAAUCUGUGAUUGCUACUGUAAUAAACAAUUCAGUGCUUUUGUCACUAUCCAUGUUUCAUUGUAAAUUUAGUAUUGUUUACAUCUUCCACUUGUAGGCAAAUUAUAUUAUCUGCACUACAGGACCUAGUUGAUGAAAUCUGAGCUCUACAAUACUGAAGUGCAAUCAAUGAAUUGGGCCUUGUAUUCUCUUGCAUACUGUUAUUUUGUUCAGUGUAUUUUUCUGGAAACUAUAAAACUCUUGGAAGUUCUAGAAUGAACCUGAAAUGUGUUUUUGUAUUUCCCAAAAUGCAGCAUGAGAUUUUUCUGUGUUUCAAACUGUUGCUUCUUAUAUUGUUGUUUACCUCUGAAGUGUACCAAUGACUAACAUUACAAAAGAGGAAAAAAUUUGACUAUUUGCUAAAUAACUGCGGAGGACAAGGGAAAAAGUUAUUCCCUCCCAGUGUUUUGAGGACUAGGAGCAUGGAGGAGAGUGCCAGCUCUCAACUCCUGAUAGCUUGAAGCAAUCCUUUAGACUGUAAGCCAGCUCCUCCUCCUGGGGCCUCAUGUAUAAAAUUUAAUUGGCAUUCAUUCCAGAUUUGGUGGUACAUUUUCAUUCUUGAACACAGGCCCUUUUAUUAAGCACACAGUACAAGGAGGAGCUGUUUGUACCUAUGGGCUGAAAUCUGCAAAUGGAUGAGCUUGUUUUCAAGUCCACUCCUAGUUAUCAAUCUCCUGGUUACCUGGUUUUUUAAUAUACAAGAUCAAACCUGUACAAAUGAGGCCCCUGGGUGUUCAGGUUUAAAACUGGCUGAUCUAUAGUUGUUUGAGUUUUGUAGGCCCUGUUUUUGAAGAAAAUGCAGAAUGCAAGGCUUUAUUUUCUGUUUUUUUUUUUUUAUUAUUAUUAUUAUUAUUGGGCUUUUGGCUCUGUGUUAUUGCCAUUAUCUUGAAUUCAAGGAAAUUAAUAAAAA